GACAUUACCCAGCUGACCCGAACUGCUGCUUUCAAGAACCAGAAAAAGGGAUAAGUUUCGAAGAUGGGGAAGAUGGUGGCUCUCAGGUCUCUCUAUCGUGCAGCUUCUUGUAGAUCUUCGAUAUGCUUCGCAGUUGUUGCCGGCAACCAGCUCCUUCACCAUCAAUCAGCACGUCGAUCCUUAUUCACACUCUCUUCCGCCACCGUUUCUGCGGAUCGCAUCCCUUCUGGUUCCUGGUCUCCUUUGGCGAGCAGCAUUGGUAGUAAAAGGUCUUAUAGUGAGGAUGUAGCACACUUGCCCGAGACUAAGGACCCUGAUGUCUUAUGUGCUUUCAAGGACUUGAUGGCUGCAAGUUGGGAUGAAAUUGAUGUGACAGUUGUCCAUGAUGUAAAGAAUGCUCUGUCCAAAAACUCUGAUGACAAAUCCGGUCAAGAGAUCUUGAAGAAUGUUUUCCGGUCAUGUGAAGUUGUUGAUGAAUUUGGUGGGAUGAUCAUGACUCUGAAGAUGGAGCUAGAUGACAGCAUUGGGAUGAGUGGCGAGGAUGUAAAACCGUUAACAGAUGAUUAUGCAAAGGCAAUCCGCAUGUUUUUUGAACGGUACUCUUCAUAUUUGGAGUCAUUUGGACCUGAUGAGGCCUACCUGAGAAAGAAAGUAGAGAUGGAAUUGGGUUCAAAGAUGAUAUUUUUGAAGAUGAGAUGCGCUGGACUUGGAUCAGAGUGGGGCAAGGUGACCCUGAUUGGUACUUCUGGACUUGCUGGAUCUUAUGUAGAACAAAGAGCUUAAAGUCCCAGAACCUGGGAUCUGAUUUAGCUUAGUUGCUACUUGCUAGAGUUUUUCUAGCUUGGAAUCUUUGUUUAUCAAUGGUUGCAAUCAAGUUGCUGCUCUUAGAAACCUUUUCAAUUAGAGUUGCAUUACAGUUCAAUAAAAGCUUAGCUAUUUCAAGAUUUGCAUUGAUGAUCCCAUGAUUUCAGUUCCAUUUAGCUGUAUU